UUCUCAUAUUCAUUCAUUCAUUCUUACAAUCUUCUUGUUAACUUUCUUAAUUUUUUGCACAUUUUAUUGGCAAACAUAAUUGGUCCACACUCCACAUACCAUACAUAAUAUAUAUAAAGCAACAACUUUAUAUUUAUAAAGUCACAAGUUCAAAGAUUACUAGCAAGAUCAUAUAAUACUUUAACAUACACCCAUUGAUUCAUUCUUUCUUUAACACCAUUCUCAUCAUCUUUAUAUCAAAAUUUGAUUGUACGAGCUCGUUCCAGUAUUACUCCGACACCUUCAUUUACCUGAAAAACAGGGUGUCGUAUAUAUAGUAACAUUGAUUGAAAUUCCGAUAUAAUUAUGGAUGGUGCUGAUAUAUCUAAGUUUGGAGGGAGUUUACGUCGAAAUAGUUCAACUGUAUGGAGGAGUCAAUCAUCGACUGUUUUUUCGAGAUCGACGAGAGAUGAAGAUGAUGAAGAAGCUUUAAGAUGGGCUGCUCUUGAAAAACUUCCUACGUAUGAUCGUUUAAGGAAAGGUAUUUUGACUGCUUCUCAUGGUGUUGGUAAUGAGAUUGAUGUUCAAACUCUUGGGUUUCAAGAUAAGAAAAAUCUUGUACAAAGAUUGAUUAAUGUUACCGAAGAGGAUAAUGAGAAGUUUUUGUCAAAACUUAAGACCAGAAUUGAAAGGGUUGGAAUUGAUAUUCCUACAAUUGAAGUGAGAUUUGAGAAUUUAAACAUUGAAGCUGAAGUAUAUGUGGGAAGUAGAGCUUUACCAUCAUUUGUUAAUUUCAUGACAAAUAUUGUAGAGGGUUUCUUGAACAUAUUACAUGUUCUUCCCAAUCGGAAGAAGCAUUUAACUAUUCUUCAAGAUGUUAGUGGUAUGAUCAAGCCAAAUAGGAUGACAUUGCUAUUGGGUCCUCCAAGUUCUGGGAAGACAACUCUGCUUCUAGCUUUGUCAGGAAAGCUUGACAAAGCGUUAAAGGUUACUGGAAGAGUAUCUUAUAAUGGGCAUAACAUGAAUGAGUUUGUGCCACAAAGAACAGCAGCUUACAUAAGCCAACAUGAUGUGCAUAUUGGUGAGAUGACAGUGAGAGAAACUCUUGCUUAUGCUGCCAGAUUCCAGGGAGUUGGAUACAGAUAUGAAAUGUUAGCUGAGUUAUCUAGAAGAGAGAAAGAAGCUAACAUUAAGCCUGAUCGCGAUGUUGAUCUUUUCAUGAAGGCUUCAGCAGCUGAAGGUCAAGAAGAAAGUGUUGUUACAGAUUAUAUCUUAAAGAUUUUGGGAUUAGAAAAUUGUGCUGAUACUAUGGUAGGAGAUGAAAUGAUAAGGGGUAUUUCAGGAGGACAAAGAAAGCGAGUUACAACUGGUGAGAUGUUAGUAGGUCCAGCUAAGGCGCUAUUUAUGGAUGAAAUUUCAACUGGUUUAGAUAGUUCUACAACAUUCCAAAUUGUGAACUCAAUCCGACAAUCAGUCCAUAUUCUGAAUGGAACUGCUGUCAUUUCUCUCCUACAACCAGCACCCGAAACAUACAAUCUUUUUGAUGAUAUCAUUCUUCUUUCGGAUGGAUAUAUCGUGUACCAAGGUGCUCGUGAACAUGUGCUUGAGUUCUUUGAGUCCAUGGGAUUUCAGUGUCCUGAUAGGAAAGGUGUUGCAGAUUUCUUGCAGGAAGUGACAUCAAAGAAAGAUCAGCAACAAUACUGGGUAAGAAGGAACGAGCCUUAUCGUUUCAUCCCAUCAAAGGAAUUCGCUGAGGCAUAUCAGUCUUUUCAUGUUGGAAGGAAGGUAGCUCAAGAGCUUUCUGUCCCAUAUGAUAAAUCUAAAAACCACCCAGCUGCUCUAACAACCGAAAAGUAUGGUGUUAGUAAAAAGGAAUUCUUUAAAGCUUGCAUGUCAAGAGAAUUAUUGUUGAUGAAGAGAAAUUCCUUUGUUUACAUCUUUAAGCUAGUCCAGCUUAUUAUCAUGGCUUUCGUAGCAAUGACCGUGUUCUUCCGUACUGAGAUGCCUAAGAGGGACACCACAGAUGGUAACAUCUUCACGGGUGCACUAUUUUUCUCUGUGGUGAUGAUUAUGUUUAAUGGUAUGGCAGAAAUGUCAAUGACAAUAGCAAAACUUCCGGUAUUCUAUAAGCAAAGAGACCUCCUUUUCUUUCCGGCAUGGGCAUAUGCUCUUCCAAGUUGGUUCCUUAAGAUACCAAUUACCUUCUUUGAAGUUGCUGUUUGGGUGUUUACCACAUACUAUGUCACUGGAUUUGAUCCUAAUGUUGGAAGGUUGUUUAAAUUCUACCUCAUAUUAGUACUUGUAAAUCAAAUGGCUUCUGCUCUAUUUAGAGCCAUUGGAGCACUAGGAAGAAACAUGAUUGUUGCAAACACAUUCGGCUCAUUUGCAUUGCUUACACUUUUCGCCUUGGGUGGAUUCGUUCUCUCACGAAAUGAUGUCAAGGGAUGGUGGAUUUGGGGUUACUGGUGUUCACCUCUGAUGUAUGCUCAGAAUGCUGUACUUGUCAAUGAGUUUCUUGGACAUAGUUGGAGCAGACUGACUGCUAAUAAUGUACCACUGGGAGUCGAAAUCAUGACAAGUCGCGGCUUUUUCCCAUAUGCAUACUGGUAUUGGAUUGGAGCAGGGGCAUUAGUCGGAUUUGUUGCUGUUCUCAAUAUACUCUACACUGCUGCUCUUGCCUAUCUCAAUCCAAUGGGAAAAGCUCAAGCUAUUCCCGAUGAAGAAGAUGAGGUAAAGAACAACAACAGAAGAGCUGCCUUGGAGUUAGUGCAACAAGCAAGUUCCAGAAGAGCUUCUCAAGAAAAUGGACAUGAAAUUGUAGAAGCAACACAGAAAAGGGGAAUGGUUCUUCCCUUUGAUCAACAUUCUAUUACCUUUGAUGACAUUCGGUAUUCAGUUGACAUGCCACAGGAAAUGAAAGCACAAGGUGUAACUGAAGAUAGGUUGGAACUUCUUAAAGGAGUUAGUGGAGCUUUUAGGCCUGGUGUUCUGACAGCUCUCAUGGGAGUCAGUGGUGCUGGAAAAACCACCCUUAUGGAUGUUCUUGCUGGUAGGAAAACUGGAGGAUACAUUGAUGGAGACAUCAAGAUUUCAGGCUACCCGAAACAGCAAGAAACAUUUGCUCGAAUUGCAGGAUACUGUGAGCAAAAUGAUAUCCACUCUCCCCACGUCACUGUCCAUGAAUCUUUGCUAUACUCCGCCUGGCUUCGUUUGUCUCCUGAUGUGGAUAUUAAAACAAGAGAGAUGUUUGUGGAAGAGGUGAUGGAGUUGGUUGAGUUAACCUCAUUGAGGGGAGCUUUAGUAGGGCUACCAGGUGUGAGUGGUCUCUCAACAGAGCAACGUAAAAGACUUACAAUCGCGGUUGAGUUAGUUGCAAACCCAUCUAUCAUCUUCAUGGACGAGCCAACUUCAGGGCUUGAUGCCCGAGCUGCAGCUAUUGUAAUGAGGACAGUCCGAAACACAGUUGAUACUGGAAGGACUGUGGUGUGUACCAUUCAUCAACCUAGCAUUGACAUUUUUGAGGCUUUCGAUGAGCUAUUCUUGAUGAGAAGGGGAGGUGAAGAAAUAUAUGUUGGGCCUUUGGGACAUCAUUCUUGUGACUUAAUCAAGUACUUUGAGAGUGUUCACGGCGUACAAAGAAUUACAGAUGGUUAUAAUCCUGCAACUUGGAUGCUGGAAGUCUCAACUCCAGCACAAGAGGUAGCACUUGGGGUAGAUUUUACAGAAUUCUACAAGAAUUCAGACCUCUACAGGAGAAACAAAGCAUUGAUCAGAGAUUUGGGAACACCUCAACCUGGUUCAUCUGACCUCUACUUCCCUACUCAAUACUCGCAAUCGUUCUUUGCACAAACUUUGGCUUGCUUGUGGAAACAACGGUUGUCCUACUGGCGUAACACUCCUUACACUGCUGUUAGAUUUCUCUUCACUGUCGGCAUUGCUAUCCUGUUCGGAACCAUCUUUUGGCAACUCGGAGGCAAAACGUCAAGAACACAACAUUUAAUUAAUGCAAUGGGUUCAAUGUAUGCUUCUGUUCUGUUUCUUGGAGUGCAAAAUGCAGCUUCAGUCCAACCUGUUGUGGCUAUUGAAAGAAGUGUCUUCUAUAGAGAAAAGGCUGCAGGAAUGUACUCAGCUUUACCUUAUGCUUUUGCUCAGGCUUUAGUUGAGAUACCAUACAUCUUCCUACAAUCAGCAGCAUAUGGUAUACUAGUGUAUGCUAUGAUAGGGUUUGAAUGGACCGCGGCUAAGUUUUUCUGGUACUUCUUCUACAUGUUCUUCACCCUCCUUUACUUCACAUUCUAUGGCAUGAUGUCUGUCGCGAUCACACCAAACCACCACGUUGCUGCCAUCGUUGCUGCUGCUUUCUACGGAAUAUGGAACCUCUUUUGUGGAUUCAUCGUCCCCAAACCAAGAAUUCCUCAGUGGUGGAGAUGGUACUACUACAUUUGCCCUUUAUCUUGGACCUUUUAUGGAUUGGUGGCAUCACAAUUUGGAGACAUGCAAGAUAUCAUCACAGAUAGCACCUACGCGGAUCAAUCAGUGAGAGCAUUCAUCGAAAACUACUUUGAUUUCAAGCAUGACUUCCUAGGGGGUGUUGCAGGGAUCAUCGUUGCCUUUUCUCUCUUGUUUGCUGCCAUCUUUGCUUUCGCCGUUAAGACCUUCAACUUCCAAAAACGAUGAGGGAUAAUGAUUUUGAGACAUUAGACAUACUUGCAAUGCCAUUUUUGAUGACCAUAACUGUAUUUUACAAGUACAUAAAUUUUUGUUCUUGUAUUGAUAAGCAGUCUAUAUAUAUGUACUAUAACAAAUUCUUUUGUUUAGAUAAAUAAACGAUCGUAUAUAUGUAAGAUGUACUUUCUAUACUGCCAAGCAUUACAGCUAAGAAUAUAAAUCUUAAGUUCGAAUUUCAGCAUA